ACGGUGUGUUACCAGAGUUACCAGAUAGCGUCACCAUGAAGGGUGUAGUACUGUGUCUUCUGCUGGUCUGUCUGUCCCUCGCUUACGCAGCUCCUGGAGCAGGGGUAGAUUUUCCUAAACCUCCAAAGGCAGAGGAAAAAGCUAAGAGUGAGGAACCACCAAAGCCUGAGGAUAAACCCAAGGACGAGGAACCACCAAAGCCUGAGGAUAAACCCAAGGACGAGGAACCACCAAAGCCUGAGGAUAAACCCAAGGGCGAGGAACCACCAAAGCCUGAGGACAAACCCAAGGGUGAAGAACAACCAAAGCCUGAGGAUUCAGCCACCACCACUGAGAUACCUCUGGAAAUGGAAGUUUUUACAAUUUUUGAAAAUGAUAGAACUAAAGUCGAAGAAGAAACCGUUGAAAAACAAAAGUCUGCUUCAAAAACAGAAAAUGCAGAUGUACCUGCCUAAACCUUGUCCUUAUCUUGAACCAAGCAUUAUGUAUUGGGAAUCAUACUAAAUAAAUUCGAUUUGUUAGGUAA